AUGACCUUUCCGCUCUCAACUGACUUUCUAUUUCUGUGCGGAGAUUCUUUUUAUGACGUUGUUAAACAAUUUUGUGGCGAUGAAUCAGUAGAAUUACUAAAAUUCCAAUUGAUCGAUACGUCAAUGAGUCUGCUUGAAGUCGACGAUGUCUUUUCCAUUCUACAGUUCGAAUCUGAACGAACCGCAACACUCAAACAAACGUUGGGUUUUCCGUGUAAGGACAAACUCGGCGAUUAUUCGUUUUUUGUUAUGCCUGGAAUUCGAUUGAAACUUACCAAGUUUAUUCAUACACUUCGUUGUCUUCUUACAUGUGCUGACCCAUUAACAACUACGAAGACUUUGACAAUAUCAUCCGAUUUAAUUCAAAGAUAUCCAUUUUUGAUUGACAUUGUAAAUUGCUGCGAAUCGGACUUACUGUCUGACUUUCUGGUUGAUUUUAUUUCUAACAUCGUUUCUAACUUAACACGAACAAAAAACUUAUUUCGUUACAAGAACUCGGUCAAGGAUUUCGCUACAUGUCUCUACAUUCUGGGAGGAAGAAACGCAUACGAAUUUGCACGGAUUAAUUUACUUGGAUCUAUACCUAGUUUACCUAGUCUUCGAACUGGAAUUGUGUGCGAAAAGAAUCAUUAUGUGGAAGGUGAAUUUUACUUUAAUCGCCUAAAGGUUUAUAUGGAUUGCUUUAAGUGUACGUAUGCAUUCAUUGGUGAAGAUUGUACGGGUAUUAUACCAAGAGUGCAUUAUGAUGUUAGCUCUAAUUCUUUCAUUGGAUUUACGCUUCCGCUUACAGAAGGAUUCCCAUUAACGCGACAUUUUUCUACAAACUCAUUGACUGAACUUGAGUUCUGGCAUAAUAAAAUAGAUAAAGCAUCUCUUCUGAAUGUACAUGUGGUGCAACCAUUAUGUCCAUCGAAUUCCAAGUCGGCACCAUCCUUCAUCCUCUCCGCCUACGGAACAAAUGGAAAGUUUACUGCUCGAGAUAUUCUUCAGCGAUGGCUGAAAAUAUUCGAUUCUUGUUUUGAGCACAACAUAAGAAUAUUAGGAUUUUCAACUGAUUGCGAUCCGAGAAGUUUGAAUGCAAUGCGUAAUGCUAUGGGUUUCUUUUCAAAGUCAGAAAUACAACUUGCCGAGCAUCCACAUCAGUUCAACAUCUCGUUAUUAAAAGUUAAUUCUGAAGCAUUGCAAGCAUAUCUUCAAAUAAUCCGGCUUGCUCGUUUGGCUUUCAUUGAAAAACGAACGUCUAUUAUUGAUCGUUUAUUUUACUCAUGGACUGCUGUAUUUAUAGUUCGUCUCUGGAUUGCGUGGCUAGAAUUAACAGAUUAUGCUGAUCUUCAACGAAUAAUCUCGCAUGUAUUACCGUCCAACUCCAUGAAAUCUAUUUCUAAACCAGCAUUAUUUAUAACAGUGCCAGCCUUGUUCUCACUAGAAUUAAAUGUUCAUACUUUAACAUACUUAAUAGUCCUUGUUGCAGAGAAAAUUAUAACUGAAGAAGCUCUGAAUAUAUCGCUGUUCAAUUCACAGACAUGUGAAAACGUUUUUCGUGCAGCGCGAUCUAUGUCCGGUCCGUUCUCCACGGUAGUGAACUUUUCCAUCGACGAAUUUCUUCAACGUGUUGGAAAAUUGAGCGCUCUUCAAACUAUUAAAUUCUCAGCUGAUUCAGGUACAAACGGUCUUGUAUUUCCGAGACAUCACAAGCAAUCACAACAAGCACAUCAAUUACCACCAGUAAACACAACGACCACUAUUACAGAAAAGCUGAUUGAAGAAACGGUAUAUAGUGCUUAUCUUCAAGCUAACCGAAUUCUUUCUGGUUGUAAUUUAUCGAUUCUUAAUCCUGACGGUAAAAUUGUGUCAUUUGAAGAAGUUAAUCGAUUAGCGCAUCAGAAAUUAACAAGAUCGCAAUGUAAAACAUAUAUCAAAAGAAAUACCCAAUCGGAUAGCGAUAAACAAGAGGAAGAAGAUCUCGAAGAAUAUUUGAGUCAGAAACGAACUAAUGGGACAGACAUGAUGAACGAUUUGGAUGAAGUGAUGUCAGAUGAUGAAUUAGAUAAUGAAAUUUUUUCUAAUGUAUCUAAUUCAACUUUUCAUGGAAUGCGAAUCUUUGAUUCCAUUUAUACACAUCAAAAUGAAUCAUUUUUCCCCAUGGAAGUGAAUGGAGAGAAAAAGUUCAUGCAUAAACAAACUGCCAACUGGUAUUUUUCAAAAACAAAAUCUACUUUAUCAUCUGAUCGAUCGAUUCGGGUUCAAAAUAAGUAG